AUGUCACAUUUAUUUAGUAGUGAUUUACCAUUACCUUCAAAUACUACUACAACUAAUCCGACACUGCCAAUUGUCAGUGAUAUAAUGGCACUUCCACCAUAUAAUAUAGAUGAUCUGAUUACUCCAAAUAGUUCAUUAACUAAUAUAACAAGUUUACCCAAUGGUGAUACAACACGUUCUUUACUUGCUGGUCACGAUGGUCUGACAACUAACAUCAAUAAUACUACUCAUACAAUAUCACCAUCAUCAAGUGUAAAUAAUACAUUACCAAAAAUUGAUCCUCUACAUGGUCUCCUACUUGGUAAUACAACAGCAUUUGAUGCUGUAACUACUCAACAACAAGAUCAUCGUACACAUAUUUCACCUUCACAGCAACCACAACAGCAAGCAACUGUAGCCGUAACUACGAGUCCUUCUGCCCGUAUGAAUGAUCUUUUUCAAACAAAAGGAAAUACAGAAAAGGAUUCAUCAUCAGUACUUAUUAAUAGUAGGUCAAUUACUGUAUCUAUCUUAGCACAAUUACUAAUGUAUUAA